AGUUGUAAGGGUCCUCGACAGCAAGCCCGACGACGACCGCGACCUCAAAACUGUGAGUAUGCCGUCCUGCUCGCCGUAGACAGGCCGAACGAUGUACUCUCUUGCGAGGGGACACCGCUCAGGCGCUGGAAUCGCUCGUUUUGCGCUGGAUCGGUCGCACAUCUGGCAGAUGUACUGACUGCCGCGACAGAACUUCUCAUCAAGAUGGCUGACGCUCCCCGUGGUCGUGGCGGAUUCGGACGUGGACGUGGUGAUCGUGGCCGUGGGCGCCGCGGUCCCCGUCGCGGUGGUCGCAAGGACGAGGAGAAGGAGUGGGUCCCCGUCACCAAGCUCGGCCGUCUUGUGAAGGAUGGCAAGAUCAAGUCAAUGGAGGAGAUCUACCUCUUCUCGCUCCCCGUCAAGGAGUUCCAGAUCAUCGACUUCUUCCUGCCGAAGCUCAAGGACGAGGUCAUGAAGAUUAUGCCCGUCCAGAAGCAGACGCGUGCCGGCCAGCGCACCCGUUUCAAGGCGUUCGUUGCGAUCGGUGACUUCGACGGCCAUGUUGGUCUCGGUGUCAAGUGCGCGAAGGAAGUCGCGACCGCCAUCCGUGGCGCCAUCAUCCUCGCCAAGCUGUCCGUCAUCCCUGUCCGGAGAGGUUACUGGGGUGCUAGCCUCGGUGACCCGCACACGGUGCCCUCAAAAGUCAGCGGCAAGGUCGGCUCCGUCAUGUGCCGUCUCAUCCCGGCCCCUCGUGGUACUGGUAUCGUCGCGGCGCCCGCUUCCAAGCGCUUGCUCCAGCUGGCUGGUGUUGAGGAUUGCUACACCCAGUCCAAGGGCUCCACCGCCACGAUGGGUAACUUCUUGAAGGCAACGUUCGCUGCCCUUACCAAAACCUACGCUUUCCUCACUCCGGAUCUCUGGCGCGAGAUUCCUUUGUCGAACCUGCCGUACGACGAGUACAGCGGUCACCUCCAGAUGACGCAGCGCAUCAAGUGAGGGAUAGAUAUGCAUUCUAUGUUGUAUGUACCAUCGCAUUAGGCCUAUGGGAUUUUUCUCGCAUCCUC